AUGUCAGAGCUGGCACGACCGAAUGCUUUUCUACACCAUCGAGACACGCUAGAUCGCUUGUGGACAUCCGCUGACGAAGAAGAGCAAGACAACGAAGAGAUACUGUGCCAAGAACUAUUCUUUCAUAGACCUCAGCUCUUUAAUCAUCGAGACACGCUCGCUCGACUGCAUUUCAAACAGAAUAGCGGUUCAGCUCUGCCUGAUCAUGUGUUGUGCCAGAUUGCCAAACUCCUGGAUCCUGACUCCUACAAGAAUAUGCGGCUGGUCUGUCGGCAGUGGUCCGACAAUCUACCACGUCCUGUUCUUAGCUCGGCACAGCGCCUGCCGCCAGAGAUUGUUGUCCAGAUCCUCAACUACUUGGCGCUCGUAGAUUUUGAUUCGGCAAGGCACACUUGCAGAGUCUGGUUCCUGCCGAGCUUGGAUCAUAAGAUUGCUACUUCAGUCCUGAAGGCAUCCGGAAACCAAUCUGCUCAUCUGCACGAUCUACAGUGUGCGCGACAGAGACGACGUCAGAGCAGCUCACAGCUAGAGACUUCGAACUUGGAACUCGGAAACACCGUCCCGGAGCACAUCGAUCAGGAAUGGCUCAUGUCAAAACGGCUUGCGACCGAGAGUAGACUCAGUGGAUAUUGGCGAGGGUCGAGUAUACGUCGGGAUAGUGGUCACACUCUAUCUAGUUUCAGCAUAACAGAGGAAGUCGACUUUUCAAGACUAUUACACCAAGCAUGUUCAUCCACGUCCACAGAUCUGGUACUACGACGAUUCACUAUCUCUGCCUGUGGAUCAUAUUUGAUGGUGAUUGUGGACGAGGAAAUAUUCGUUUACAAUCUGCGCACACCGGAAGCGUCCAUAUGUCCCGUUGUUCGUAUUGUGGCAGGCCGCAGAGUUCUUGCUAUCAGCAUGGACGUGAGCUCUGGUCGCAACUCAAUAGCGACACUUCUCGAUGGUCGUGUCGGAGCGUCAUGGGAUCUUAACAACCUACCGGUGGGUGACGCUAUAUCGACUCAGGUCGGAGAGCCGCUUGACCUAGGUAUGAGAACUCACAUCCAAGGUCUUGCACCUCUUGGCGUUGCAAAGCCUGUUCCAAUGGAAGGCUUAUCAGAUACCGCUCGAGGGGCCGAUGGACCUGCGUUCCACUCUAUCAUCAGCGAUGAGGAAGUGGUGGAGAGCACAUAUGGCCUCGUUCCUUGUCAGACUGAGAGUCCUGAAGCAGCUUCCCCAUGGCUCAGUCAAGAGUAUCGACGCAACUCAGACCUUCAGGCACUGCUCAAUGUCUCAGAACCUUCACUAGGACCUAUUAAGAUCAUUGCUCGUCCCACUAGUGUUUAUGCUAACCUCGGCACUGGCAGCGAUAGUCCUCGGAGUGUGGCAAUCUGUCCGCAGCGAAAAUGUGUUGCUUUUGGCUGUCGAGGCGGGAUUGAACUGCAUUGGGUCGACAAAACCACUGGGACUAGCCUUAACAGAUGGUUUCCACUUGCAGCUCCAAGUGAUCAUCUGUAUUUCCUACCUCAACGACCUGGUUCUGACUCCACAAAGAAACUUCGCCUGAUCUCAAGUGCUGCAGACCCACUACAGAGUCGUCCCGCGCGUCGUGCGAGUGCACCUACUAAGUGGAAACUCAGGUCUUCAUAUCCCGGUCAUGGUCGAUUGCAAAGUAUGACAAGGUUGUUUUUUGGCAGCUUACCGUUCCCCAGUGCUCUAAGCAGAAGCAACUCAACACUACAGGAAGACAACGAGAGACAAGGUAUCUUGAGAACAGUUGAUUGUGAUCAUUAUCUUGCUGUUCCACUCUCUGAUGGAGUCAACGUACUCUUUACAUGUCCUGCCAGCGGUCUCCUAUGUCUCGGCUCAGAUGCUCCUCUUGGUGGGCCAACCAAACUGAUGCGCAAAGUCUGCAUGGUACCUCCAGCAAGCGACACGCCUGAAAAGGCAAGUGCUUUGACCUGUUAUAGGGCAGGUCACGAUCUUCGAUGGGGCGUACGCAUCGUUGCUGCAUACGAUGAUGGUCGAGUAAUCUUGUACAACAUCCCACUUGACUGCUUCAACCGCAUUCGCCACAUCCGAUCAACACCAGAUGUUUGGGACGAGCUGGCGGGAGUCGUUGGACAAAGUGAUUUGUUGAUGGAUAUUUUCAUGGCCGAACAACAUGAUGUGAGCGAGCCUGACUCCAAGGGAGAAGGCCUAGCUCUCACACGACAAUCUUCUGACUCGUCAUCAUCUUCGAGGUCUUUCCGAUCACUACAGAUGGACGGCACUGUGAUCUUCCACGCUAAAUCUGGCGUUAAUGAUCUCCAGGUCGAUUGUGCUGGUGGUGGUGUCAGAGUCUGGAUCUUCAUGCGCGAUUCCACAGCUGUCAGGUUGAGUAUCUAUACACUGCGCAAUUUCCAACCGGUUCACAAGUACGUCAACGUGGAUGGCUUGGUGCAUGACCUUGGUCAGUACCACGCAAUACAGAAGGAGGAUGACUGUCCGGUAGCAAAGAUCAAAGGCAAAGGGAAGGGGAAAGUUCACAUGGAGCUGCCUAGCGAUGAUGAACCAAGUAUUGAAGAAGAGCAGGAAGGCCACGUCAAAUUUGUGGUGUUUUAA